GCGAUCCAACGGUGGAUUCGGUCGGAGGAUGGUGAAUCCUUGUUUUUUUAACGAAAGAUAGACCCCCUCUCCUUCCCUGAGCCCAAUCAUCCUUCCUUUACCCUCGUCGUCAUACAAACGCGUCGCUUCUCCGGAUUCCUGCUUGUAGUUCCCAUCGCCGGAAUCACGUUGGAAUCCCCUUCCUAGUUCUCCAUCCUACCGAACUCCUCCUCCUCGAUUCCCAUCCAAGAUCACUACCGAACUAAACAUGGGAUUGGGAUCAGAAGAAGAAGAGCAGCGAAAGGAGGAGGAAGGAACAUCCCUUCCCCCGUCCCCAUAUCGAUACAACUCCCCUCUGGUCCAGGUCUGCCUGAUCGGGCUGGUGUGCUUCUGCUGCCCGGGGAUGUUCAACGCCCUCUCCGGCAUGGGCGGCGGCGGCCAGAUCCACCACGAGGCCGCCAACAACGCCAACACCGCGCUUUACACCACAUUCUCCGUCUUCGGCGUCCUCGGCGGCGGCAUCUACAACCUCCUCGGCCCCCGACUCACCCUGCUCGCCGGCUGCUCCACCUACGUCCUCUACGCCGGCUCCUUCCUCUCCUACAACCACUCCCACCGCCAGCCCUUCGUCGUCUUCGCCGGCGCCCUCCUCGGCGUCGGCGCCGGCCUUCUCUGGGCCGGCCAGGGCGCCAUCAUGACCUCCUAUCCCCCUCCCCGCCGCAAGGGCUCCUACAUCUCCCUCUUCUGGGCCAUCUUCAACCUCGGCGGCGUCAUUGGCGGCCUCAUCCCCUUCAUCCUCAAUUACCACCGCAAAGAGGCCGCCUCCGUCAACGACGGCACCUACAUCGCCUUCAUGUGCUUCAUGGCCGCCGGCGCCGCCCUCUCCCUCGCCAUCCUCCCCCCGGCGCAGGUCGUCCGCGACGACGGCACCCGCGCCACCGCCACGACCUACUCCGACGUCCGCACCGAGGCGGUGGAGAUCCUCAAGCUCUUCGCCAACUGGAAGAUGCUCCUCAUCGUCCCCGCCGCCUGGGCCAGCAACUUCUUCUACACGUACCAAUUCAACAACGUCAAUGGAGUCAUCUUCACUCUGAGGACCAAAGGGCUGAACAAUGUGUUCUACUGGGGCGCGCAGAUGCUCGGCUCCUUCGGGAUCGGCUACUUCCUGGACUUCAGCUUCAAGAGCCGGAGGACGAGGGGGCUAGCGGGGAUCGGGGCCGUCGCGGUGCUCGGGACGGGGAUUUGGGCCGGCGGGCUGGCGAACCAGCUGAGGUAUACUAAUGGAAAGUGGGAGGAUCCGUUGGAUUUUAGGGACUCCGGUGGGAGGUUCGCCGGGCCGUUUGUUCUCUACUUCAGUUAUGGGCUUCUGGAUGCCAUGUUCCAGAGCUUGUGCUACUGGGUCAUUGGAGCCUUGGCUGAUGAUUCCGAGACACUCAGCAGAUAUAGUGGAUUCUACAAGGGAGUGCAGAGUGCCGGCGCCGCUGUUGCUUGGCAAAUCGAUAACAGAAAGACGCCUCUGCUGUCCCAGUUGGUCGUAAACUGGUCCCUGACUACCGUAAGCUAUCCCUUGCUGGUGGCGUUGGUGUUGUUGGCCGUGAAGGACGAGGACGCCGCCGCCGAGGAUGGAGAGAGCAAGAUGCCGAACCCAUCAGCUCUGCCUGCAUCUGUAGUUGAUGGUUAUGAUGAACAAGGGGAGAAAUCAGGAAAGACUGGAUGAAAGCUGUUGUUUCUUUGCUUCUGUUCUUGCAUCCAUCGCACAGUGGGUGGUGCUCUUGUCACUGUAUUCAUUUAGUUGUCGAAAAUUGUGGUAAAUGUUUCACAUGAAAAAGAAAUCGUGGCAAAGCUGUACUCGUUGGCCUAUGGAUGUCAGUCGAACUUUUAGCUUCAAUUGGAGCAUAAUACAUGCUGCUGUAAAGUGUUUUUACUUCCCAAGUUUUAA